UGGACCGCGGGGCCGUCGUGCUGCUCCUGUCGGGCUUCUGGUACCUGCGCUUCCGCCGCGGCCUCGCGGCGCCCGGCGGCGCGGCUGCGGGCCUCGAGGCGCCUGCGAGAGCGGCGGAGGCCGCGCCCGCGGAGGCGCUGCUGGCCGGCUGGCUGGGCCUCCUCGCCGAGAGCGCUUCGAAGCCGCGGCUGCUCGACUUGCGGGGGGCCUGCGGCGAGGUGGAGCAGUGGGCGGUCGUGGAGCCCGCGUCGGGCCGGGUGGCCUGCAGGCUGACCCGGGAGCAGGCCGGGCGCCUCGCCGCGCUCGCCACCGCGAGCCUCGCGGACGAGGGCCUGCUGCGCCGCGUGGCGGCGGAUGGCCGGAGUGCGGCGCGCGCCGUGGCGAGUGCGGAGAAAACUGGGCGUCCUCGGGUGCCUCCUCACGGGCUAGCGGCGGCGGGCGGCGCCUCGGAGAGGCCGCGCGAGCGGCUGGCCGCUCCGGGGACAGGGUCCAGUACAGCUAUAUCACCCAGACCUACGAGCUUGUUGCGGAAGGCCAGAAGUCGCUGGACGAGAAGGCUGGCGAGGACACGUUCUCCUGGGAGGACUUCUUGCCGUGGUCAGAGGCAGACCGCACGGCCAUGGCGCUGGUGGACGAGAAGAUCCCCAAUUGGCGCACAGCCUUCCUAAUGCCUGCCAGCGAGGCCGGCGUGAUCCGCCGCUGGCGCGUUCUCCGGGACGCCGCGGGCGGCGACGAGGGCGGCCUUGCGGCCAUGCGGCGCAACGUCGGCAUCCUGUGCAUCCCCGAGAGGACAACGCGCGCGGCCAGCGCGGCGCUGGCGGCGGGCCUGGGCGCGGACCGGGCCGCCGAGGUGGUGCGCAAGAACCCUGGCGUGCUGGCCAUCAAGGCCUCUUCGCUGCAGGGCGCGGCGCUGCAGCGCACGGUGGUGACCGCCGACGUGAUCGACUUUUUCUGCGGCCCCGGCGCGCCGAUCGGGAGAACGCCCUGGGCAUCUUCUUCGUGGUCGCCAUCCUGA